GACAUUUCGAACAGUUUGAGCUGAGUCUGCUUGGAGUGAGGACGGGUCGUCGUCAUCGAAAGAUAAUUCAGAACUGCUGCAUCUAGUAUAGGAAGCCAGACAACAACAGUAUUUGUUUAUAUUUCCACAAAGACCGCAUAUAAAUAAAUUAUGAAAUCAGAGGCGUUGCACAAGUUUCUGGCUUUCUAUCCGCUGCUGAUUGCCUGCGCGUGGAGCCAGCCAUUGAAUCCAAAUCAACAACAAGUGGCUUUUCAACAAACGUCUCCAGUUCACCCCGUUAUCUUAAUUAAACAUAAUAUAAGAGCAGAAGACGCCAAGAACUACCACAUCACAAUACCCAAGGCUCCCAGUGCUGCGGAGCCGUGUCUCACGAUCACUUGGCAGACCAAUCCGGACGGCAGUGGACCCGAUGAACCUCAGAUCUAUAUGGGUAAUGGCUACUUCGGAAUAAUACCACCAGUAGCACCAGGGCUGCAAAAGCCAUAAUCCAAACCGAAAAUGGUAUUUAUUUUUCG